GAUCUAUCAGACACUGAAUUCCCAUCUUCUCCCUGUGAAAUAGUAGUCUAAAAGCGAUCUUCUACGGGAUUACAACCGCAUUAUGAUUCAAUGCGACGAAGGCUCAAGCCCAUCUCAGCUACGUUAUCAGGACUCAGUAGCGUUUUCGGAAUCUGGCGUGUUUGUUCAAUACCUUUCCAAUAAUUUCGACCUGUCAUUGAUGUUGUGAUUUCUUAAGUAUCUCGAUUGCUCGUACCGUGAAGCAGUAGUUGUACAUCACAAGCGAAUCAUGAAUCCUUCUGAAUGAUUCAAUAAAAACUCUGAUUCUAAUAUUUUCUUCUAUAGCUGCGGUAAACAGCACCAAAAAAAGAACAAUGUUGCCGUCAAAUUUGCUUCACACGGCUCUCAACCAUCAAGUGAUGGUUGAGUUGAAGAGCGGCGAAACUUAUUCCGGACUUUUGCUCAAAAUCGACAAUUUUAUGAAUGCUCAGGUAUUUCUUGUUAAACAAGAAAUUUUGUUGGACCGUGACGUUUUUAGGAAGUGCUGAACUGACUCUGCGUUUCAGCAUGUGAUCAUGAAGAUAUGCUAUACCACCGUGUGUGUGACUAUGCUGUUGAAAGUACACAAAGAACUCUUCUUUUUUGAACAUCAAAGAAAUCUUCAUCUCGUCGACGUCUUCCUGACACCCUCUAUCCAGGUCCGCGACGCCAUAUGUGUCGAUGCACAUGGAGAUAAAUGGACACGAGUGGCGGACGUUUAUAUAAGGGGGAAUAGCAUCAAAUACCUCCAGAUACCGCCAGAAGUAAGCGAUAUGCUGAAGAGCUCCGAAGCAGCGAACAAAACAGCGAUGGUCAAGUUAUGUCGUUAAUACACCAGCCCAAUGAAUAUAUUUUUAGUUGUGGCUGUACCUACUUCCGCUUGUGAUAGAUUAGUUUUUUUUACUUCAUCCGAUAAAUGCAUGUACUUCUAGUUUGCCUACUUGUGAUGGAUUUUUUCGUAGAGAGCUCCUUGGUGCUGAUUUUCUCAAGGCGUUUGGAAAAUCUCAAUCUUAAUCUUCUUAUUUGUGUUAGACUAGCGUAAACUUUCUUACUACUACUUCCGUCUCUAAACCCCGGUCCAAACCGCGCAAAAGGCAAAGGCAAGGGCAAGGGAAAGGGCGAAGCAGCUGGACCGCAGGGUCGUGGCGAAAAAGCAAGAGGGCCAGCAAGAGCGAAUGAUACCGGUGCAGCUAGACCUGCAAAAAUGCAGAAACGAUAGAGACGACACACUCCUUCCUCGCUUCUGUCGGGUAUGAGAAAAGAUCUUCCUCUCGAACAAAAGAUCUUGAAGUGAACUCCUCACACAACUUCUACAUACAUUCACAUACAACGCGCAGCAAGAAGAGAAGCAUUAGUGUGUGAACAAAAAGACGCAUAAGGAUUUUCCAUCAUGUUGUCUCGUAACAAGAUAUUUAUCUCCCCGUUUAUCCAAUUCCCUCAACUUUUACACGCAAAUCCGCAAUGAUCCUACCACGCGCGUCC